UGUCAAACCAGUCCUCCCGCUGUAUCACGAUUGGUAAACCACUUUAACAGUGGAGGCUUCCGACAGAUAGCCCCUUGUGUAUCAAACCUUGGGCUAGGUCAUGGGAGAGAAUGGGAUAGAAAACAAGAGGUUGGUAUACCAACAAGAUGAGUGCUAAGACUCUUCACAAUACGAAUAUAUAACCUUUGAGACAGGUCGUCUGAAUUGGAAACAUCAUCAACGGAUGGCAUUUCAGCAACACAUAGGAACAAAUAUCCUUUCCAUCCUUAUACUCUAUCACCAAAUCGUGCACCUUCGCCUACCUUUCUUAAUCAUGAACAAGCUCAUCACAGCCUUAAGUCUCGUCUCGGCCGCGUUGGCACUUCCUCUCACAACCUACGAUGAGUGUGAAAAUGCUUUCUACGCUUGCGUCGCAGCUGGGACACCAGAAAUGGCAUGCUCGUGUACCCUGACAGCUUGUGUUGGCGAGGACAGUGCACGACUUCGCGAGUACUGUUCUUCUGCCACGGCAUCUCUCGCGCAGCCCACCAAGACAGAUGCUCCAUCUGUCAGCAGCAACGAUACAGCUCCUGUUGAAACCUUCACUCCCAUUCCUGGUAUUCCAGGUGGUUGCAAUCCUGCUCAUCCCGGAUCAUGCCCACCGCCUUACCAUACGGGACUUCCCCCAACCUUCACCCCAAUUCCUAUUGUUCCUGGUGGAUGCAGCCCAGCUCAUCCAGAGCUUUGCGCUUCAUCCCAUGUCACCUACACUGCUACUUCAAUCGCAACCCAUCCUUCAAUUCCCGUCCCUACCGAUGGCACUCAACCAGCGCCAUACCCUAGCCCUAAGCCUGUUGAUGGCAAGACUUGGGCAAUCCAGAAUCUCACGCGAUACUGCGGCGAGGAUGACGAUGGAUGUGACUACAACUUUGCGGUAGAGGCUGACGGUAAGACUGAGCGAUGCACCAUCAUCCGUAUGCCUGGCUCCAAUGCUGUGACAGAAAGCUGGGCCAACGAACCCUGCACUGACGGGUCCGACCUGAGCAUCUCGUGGGGCUACGUCACUGAGCCUGCUCCCGCAUUUGCUGUACUCACCGUUGUCAAAGACAAGCAGCUUGCUUGGUUCGGUGUGUCCGAUGUCAAUGGCCAGCAGGUCACACCAUCUAACCCUUUCGGCUCCGGCGACUUUGGAGAUCUGGGGCCUGAACAGGUUUACAGCUACUAAGCGACGUAGCUAGGUACUUACCCUUGACAAAGGAAGUGCAACGGCAGUUGAUGAUUCGAGGCAGAUCUUAUGGGGUAUGGCGAAGGAAAUGAUGGGAUAUUAGACUGUACAGUUUGAUUAGAAUGGCAUUUUGCUCCAAUAAUAGUAAUAGAAUCGCAUAAUAGGAAGAAUACA